AUGCCACAAUUUCCCAACACGCCAGAGUCUAUACUACCUCGGUCCGACUCGCGAAAUCCAGCUUCAACAUGUCGAGGUAUUACUGUGAAUGGCAAGCCGUGCCGUCGCUCAUUAGCAGCGUCUCAGUCUGCGUCUGCCUCGAAGGGAGUUGUUGCAAGGCUCAAAGGCCAGAACCAGCAGCUUGACCCGAGUGCUUUCUAUUGCUGGCAGCAUAAAAAUCAGGCUCCAGAACCUGGCGAUAUCUCUACAGAGAACAAGCAAGCGCAAGCUGCUGCUUUUGCUAGGAAAACCAGCAUUGAUAGCCUGAUAGAGCGUCUGGGAAUUCUCGAGGUCAAUGAUCGCCAACGGCAGCACCGACGGCCAACUGAACGUGAUGCCAGAUAUCAGAGGAUGCACUCUGACAAAAAUCCCAAGCCUGGCAGAGGGCAACAACCGCGUCAAAGCCCAUUCUGCUGUUUUACAAUAGUGGAAGACAGCGAAAACCUGCCUGCAGCAAAGCGAGUGCAAAGCUCAAGACGAGAGAAGCCUGUGGCUUCUCGACCUCCAGCAACCCCACAACGGCCUGUAUUUGUUCGAGAUCCUCGAUCAGGAGGAUCGCCGAUUGUUCAGCAACGUUCAGCUCCAGUUACGCCACGGCGGUGGUCUGAGACCACGCCGCAAGCGACUCUACAAAGCGCCGACCGAUCACAAUAUUUAGGAACACCUACAAAGCCUUCUCUUCCUAGCACACCAAAUUCACAUUCAUCGCAAAAUCGUCCAUUGUUGUCGUUGAUCCCACAGCAUCUCAGUCCUCAGACCACAGCACUUUUGCUGACAGAGCUAUCGAAACCAAUAUCGAAUGCGGAUGAAGAGGGCUAUAUCUAUAUUUUCUGGGUAACACCUCAGAAACAUAACUCAGAAGCACCACCAGGAGACAUUGCAUUGAAUCUUUUACCACCUCCCGGUCGACCGAACCAUUCCCGUCGGACAAGCGAUGCUUUGCGGGCUGCGCAGGCGAUCGAUCCUCGCUCCAAAGGAUCCGCGAAUCAACCGGGAACCAUUCGCCUCAAAAUCGGGCGUACAAGCAAUGUUCACCGUCGGCUGAACGAGUAUUACCCCUAUACCAAUUCCUCGCCAUCUCCGUCUCCGGCGCGAAGACCGGAGAGUGAGCAUUUUCAAGGACACGGUCGACGAGUGCCUCAUGUCCAUCGCGUUGAGAGACUGAUUCAUAUUGAGCUGGCUGAUCAACGCGUAAAGGGGAAAGGCCCAUGUGCCCAAUGUAACAAAGAGCAUAGGGAGUGGUUCGAGUUCAAUGCUACUAAGGAUGCGUUGAAGCUUGUGGAUGACUGUGUUCGGCGAUGGGUUGCAUGGGGAGAGCAGCAUAUAUGA